ACUAAAUUUACAAAUGGAUUUUAAAGUCGUAAUAGUUGCGAAAGCAUUUACUGAGUUACAGCCAUCUCUAGUGGUCUCUAGUACCAGACGAUUGCGGUCAAUUCUGGUCGACUAACAUAGAAAAAUACUGGUGCAUCGCGGGUGCGUUACCUGCGGAAGCUAGGGCGCAUGCAGGCGCAUGAUGACACCGGGAUAAGGGUUUACGGACGUUUCGAUCACGUGUGCGUGGCUGCUUGUAUAUGCUGAACUAAUAAUACAAGAAAUCGUUUCAUUCAAGUAUUUGAAUCAUAUCAUGGAAACAGGAUAUUUAAAUUUUCGUGAUGAAGAACACUUUUCAGAUUUUUCGUUAUCUCUAGAUCAGAAUUUAAUGGAUAAACCUCAAGAUUUAUUAAUGCACAUGGUUGAAAAUGAUUUUGAUUAUAUGGAAACACAUCUUGACAUUGCAAAUUCUGAUAGUUUAUGGAGCAAUGAACAGGAACAUACAGAAGACGUGGAUGACGUAUCAAUUUCAGAAAGUCCUACAAUUUCUAAAAUUGAUAAUAUUAAAGAAGAUUUUGCUAAAGUUCUUACAGAUUGGCAAGAACAUAUUGGCUAUUUACAGGCCACAGACAUGGAUGAAUAUAUGGAUGUAAUAGAAUUAAACACGAAUACUACAGAUAGAAAGAGCUUUUCUAUUUCAGAGAAUGCAUUUCAAGAUGAGAAAUCUAUACUAACUCGAAAAUCUAAUUAUUUAAAAACAAAUCAAAAGAAUUUAGGGAAGGAGUCCCUUCGAAGCAGUCAGAGUAUACAAGAAUUAGAAAGCCGUAGUACAAAUAUAGAAGACACAAGAGAACAAAAUUCAUAUCAUAACAAAAGUGACAUUAUGAAGAGCGAUAAGAAAGUAGAAGGAGAAUCUAAAUCGCUACUUAAAGAGCCUAAAUAUACAAAUAAACAAAAUAAAAUGGAAUGUGACAACAUAGGAAUCAAUGUCACUGCGAAUGUAUUAGUAAAGCAAAAAAAAAAGAAGAAAGAAAAUUUGAUACAACGUAAUAAAAAUACAAAGAAUAAUAAUUUUAAUAAAAAAUCUAUUUCAAAUCAUUUACCAGUUUUGGAAGCUGGAACUGUUGAAAGUUUAUUAGAACAGUUUGAAGCUUCUGAAAAUACUGCAGUAUCAUCUCAUAGAUCUACCAAAAUUAGUACAGAAUGUAAACAAGAAUUACACAUGAAACCUACUAAGAUUCAGCAACGUAUGAAACAGUCUGGAAUUACAAUAGCAAAGAAAUUAUCGCAAGUUUCAAAUUUACAUAAAAAUAUUAGAGAAUCCCAACCUAAAGGAGUUAUCGAGAAGAUAAAGACGUCUGGGCGUAAAAAGGUAAUUUCAAUAAUACCAACAAUGUCAAAUCGCCAAAGUAGUGGUCGCAGCAAUGGAACACGCAUGCAAGAUGCCGCGGCAACACUUUCUCGAAACAAGCUUCUGAAAAUAGUAACAAACAAUACCAAAAGUAAAACUGUCGAUGGUGGACUAGUCCAUUUGGAUCACGAUUAUUGUAGUAGUAGUAAUUCAUGCUCCAGUAGUUCAGAUAGUAACAGUGAAUAUGAAAGACAAUCUAGUGACAGUGAAAAAGUAACUGCAUUUAAGGAUAAUAACUGGCAGUCAUCUCAUUUUUAUACAGCAUAUCUAAAACAAACAUUUUCAUCGCAUUUGAACAAACCUGUAAUCAAAAGGAGAGAAAAUUCGACUGAAGACACUGCAAGAAAAGAUAGUGAUUUAGAAUCAAGCAAAGUAAAUAAUAAGGAAGAGUCAGAUGUUACAGUAUCUAAUGAUGUUCAAGUCAGUGGAUCGGUAAAAUUACAAAAUGAAAUUAAAGAAGAACCUCCAAUGGAACAUGAGAAUGAUCAAAAUAUUAAUGUUUCAAGUAAUACAUCAAACUGUACUAAUCAAGUACACAACGAGUCUUUAAAUAAAUUGACGCGAGAAAUAAAAAUACGUUCAGCUUUAGCGACAAGUAUUUUGCAAUUACAAAAGGGUGUUUUAAAUAAAACAAAAGGGAAUCAGAAAACAACACAAAUGGUUUCCGUGUUAAAGAAACCACUUAAUACACAACUACCAGUUGUAAUGACUACCUCUAAUGAAAGUAUAAUAACUAUCUCUAAUGGGUCAAAUGACAAAGUACACAACAUUAUUGUUCAAGAUACUAAAAAGGCCUUUCCAAAAGAAGAAGAGAGGAAACCUCGUAGAAAAUUAAAUUUGGCAGAAUAUAGGAGUAGAAGGGAACAAAAUCGUAGCGAUAAUAGUAGAACAAAUUCACCAAUACAACCUAUGACAUUGAUAUACGUUCAUCAUGCUUCUACUACAACUGAACCUAUCAAAGAUGAUCCUGGAACUCUAAUAUGGUCGGAAAGAGAAAUUGUAUCAGUUUUAAAACCAAAAGCAGACAUAGAUGAGGAAAAACUUCGUCCAAAACCUCCCACUUGUGACGUAGGAAUACAAACUUAUGAAACUGUAUUUGAAUUUCCACCAAAAUCUUUAAUUGAUGUCGAUGAAAGGCACGUGGAGGAAAGAGAUCAGCAUAUUCUAAAUACAAGCCAACGACCUUAUACAAAACAAAGAAUUAAUUCUAGAUCAAGUCGUUCUAGAUCGAGAAGUAAGAGUAAAAGUAGGAGCAGAAGCAGAAGCAGAAGUAGAAGUAGUAGUAGUCGAAGCAGAUCACGUAAACGAAGCAAUACACGUCAUCGAAGAAUAAGCCAUCGUCGUAGCUCUGUCAGUUCAAGUAGUACUUGGUCAUCUCGCUCACGUUCGCGUUCAAAUACUAGAUCUACUUUCAGUUCAGGAUCGAGAUACUCGCGAUCGCGUUCUAGAUCGUCCAGAUCAAGGUCCCAAUGUUCCUCUCGAUAUUCUAGUUGUUCAAGAUCGUCGUCUCAUUCGAAUUUCGGAAGAAGUAAAUGGUCGAGUCGCCGGAAAAAGGAAAGACGCUAUCGUAGAAGUUACGACAGGCAGAGACGACAUUCCUCAAGCAGUUACCGUAGCUACAAAGAUUGGAGAAGAUCUCCGUCCAGCUCUUACCGGAAAUCAUACGAUUGGUGUGACAGAGAAAAGCAAAGACAAGUGGAGGAACGAAGGGUGAUUUAUGUCGGUCGUUUAGACGAAGGAAUUACUAAAGCUGAUUUGCGCCGAAGAUUCGAAACUUUCGGCCCUAUCGUAGACAUUAGUAUACAUAUUCGUGAACAUGGUGACAAUUACGGUUUUGUAACAUUUGCAUAUAAAAAUGACGCAUACGAAGCAGUAGAACAUGGUAACGAUGAUCGAAAUUUACCCAGAUAUGAUUUAUGUUUCGGGGGCCGUCGAGCAUUUUGUAAAGUGAAAUAUGCUGAUCUUGAUGGUAUGGCAAGCAGUUCUCCUAAUAGUGCACACAAAUCACAGGGCAGCGAGGACAAUACGUUCGACCUUCUAUUGCAAGAAGCAAAAGCAAAGUUGCGUAAAAGAAAGGUUUGACAUAUGUACUACUUAUUAAUUGUUAAUGUAAUUGAAGAACUAGUACAGAUAUCGUUAUCGAUAAUAUUCCAAACAAGAGCAGGCGAAAUGGUGUAUACUGGUACUCCGUCAGUUGGAAUGUAGUAAGAAUUACAAUGUGAUUGUUGCAGAGUGUAUUGUAUACGUAACUGUUGCGAUAAUUUUGUCA